CGUCUUUUCCGCCUCGGCUUGUCGUCCUAGCCGUGCUCAAAGCUCUGAAUUUUCCGACGCUUCCCCCCACGAUCGCAAGAUCCAGAGAGGGCGAAGCCUCGGGUCGGAGGAGGAGUCUCCUAACGCCGUCUUGGAGUUGAGAUACUCGGAAGGAGGGCGGCGGAACGAAGAUGAUGAUGACGAGGACCUCGAUUGGGGCCAUGGAUGGCCCUGUGCUGGACGACGUCAUCAGGCGGCUGCUCACCGGAGGAGGGCGGCAGGUGCAGCUCUUUGAGGCGGAGAUCCGGCAGCUCUGCGUCGAGGCCAAGAAAGUGUUUCUGUCGCAGGCGAAUCUCCUCGAGCUCCGCGCUCCCAUCAAGAUCUGCGGUGAUAUACAUGGGCAAUAUAUUGACUUGUUGAAGAUGUUCGAAAUUGGUGGCUUCCCGCCUCAUUCAUCUUAUUUGUUUCUUGGGGAUUAUGUAGAUAGGGGCAAAUAUUGCUUGGAAACUAUAUGCUUGCUUCUAGCUUAUAAAGUGAAGUAUCCUGACAAAGUGUUCCUUCUAAGAGGAAAUCAUGAAGAUGCUAAAAUCAAUAGAGUAUAUGGCUUUUAUGAUGAGUGCAAAAGAAGAUUCAAUGUUCGGCUAUGGAAAACAUUUUGUGAUUGCUUCAACUGCUUGCCAUUUGCGGCCCUGAUAGAUGAAAAAAUAUUGUGCAUGCAUGGCGGUCUUUCACCCGAGUUGCAAAACAUGUAUGAUAUCCGGAAUAUCCCAAGGCCGACUGAGAUUCCAGACUAUGGGAUUCUAUGUGACCUGCUUUGGUCUGAUCCUGAUCCUACAGUACAAGGGUGGGGUGAGAGUGACCGAGGAGUUUCAGUUACUUUUGGUGCUGAUAAGCUGGUUGAGUUUUUGGAGAAAAAUGAUCUUGAUCUUAUUUGUCGAGCUCAUCAAGUAGUGGAGGACGGAUAUGAGUUUUUUGCUCACAGAAGAUUAGUCACUAUUUUUUCAGCUCCAAACUAUUGUGGGGAAUUUGAUAAUGUAGGUGCUCUAUUGACCAUAAAUGAAAACCUGUUAUGUUCGUUUCAGAUUUUGAAAGCAUCAACACCAGUAAACCCCGACACAAUCAAUAAGAAGCCUAAGAAGCCAUCAAAAGGAGGAAAAUCUUGAUAACUCUAGUCAGUCAUCUGAGGAUGAUAGAGUUUGGAGAGCUGGAUCUUUUGUGUGUGGAUCGAUUAAACUUGUCGCUAUUUUCUAUGGGUAGAUAAGGUUAUCUUAGGCAAUGAACAAAUGUAAGGCAAUGUUGAAUCAUUAGGAUGGUGAAGUUUGUCUGAUGCUUUUUUGUUGUACAGCAAUUUAAUACAAAGUUUCUUAUCCCCCUCUA